CAAGUUGAUAGUUCAUGCACUGUGAUAGUGCUAAGCAGGGUGAUAGCAUCGCAGAAUCCGGGAUUUGAAUGAUCACGAGAGUAGCAACAGACGAUUCCCACCUCAUACCACAUAUGUUGAGCAAUCAGAGCAGAACGAUUCUGCGAACUAUCCGGAGAUAAUCGGACGAUCACUAACCACCUGUACAAAUACGUGUUACACAGACGUUCCAAAUGCCUGCAUGAAUGCAUCCCCACAUCAUAACCCGCCAAAGAAUUCAGACAUACGGGCAACCGCAUGAAAUACCUCAUACCAGGAUUCUGUUCACUAAGUCCACACGAAUAUAAAUAGCCACCCAUUUCAAGUUCGUUUCUGAGUAUACCAAAAACCAAACCCUCAUACUACCACAGCGAAAGCUAGCCACUGCUGCAAGAACACGACGAAUACCUACAUCAUGCGUUCAAUGAUCCCUUUUCUGGCCGCCGGCAUCUCUCUCCUCGCCAACACCGCCACAGCCCUCUACUACACCCCUCUUCCAAAAGGUAACGGCUUCUUUCUGAUCUACUCGGCAGAUAACGACCAAGAAGCCAUCGGCUGCCUUGCCACAGACGGCAAAUGGACAUCCGCGGAGGUCACUGGAUGUGGUAUCCCCUACUCUGAUGGAAAGGGAUACGUGGAAGGGUUUGACGGCUACCUCAGAGUGAAUGCGAACCGUGUCAUUACGACUGCGAAGGAUGAAGCUGAUGCCUCGGAUUGGGGUUCAUCUGCCAAUGUGGACCUCACUAUUUCUCUCAUCUCGAAGGCUCUCCCGGCAAUGAUUCUGGCCGAUGGUGGUCAAUACCUGGACUUCGGUGGUGGUGGACCCUUUUGGUAUGCUGCGGCUGCUCCGUCGGGGGCGGACACGGUUGAACUGAAUGCUGUGCCUAUGGAUGGGGAUCAGGUUCAGAAUGUUACGCUGUCGUGGCUGGACUAUGAUAGGUAUAAGGCAUGGAGCUCGUCUAAUGAUGCUGGCGAAGAAUAA